CCAGGCGGCGCCGCAGGGGAAGUUCCGCCCCUUCCCGGGGUCCCGGGUUCGAGUCCCGGCGCCGCCGCUUCCGCCUCCGGGGCCGGGCCCCGCGGCGCUGCCAUGUCCUGCCACUUCCAGAAGCUUUUCGGGACGGACGGGGAGCUGGAGGACGAGGAUUUCCUCUCGGCUGUGGAAGAUGCUGAGAACCAGUUUGUGACCCGUGGGCAUUCCUCGCCCAGUCUCGUCCCGGUUCCUCCCAGUGAACCCCAGCCCAGCAAACCCCAGCCCAGUAAACCCCAGCCCAGCAAGCCCCCCACCCUGCGGCCCCUCGCCGGGCAGGGCGAGCAUCCCGCGGGACUGCGGGGAGCAGCAGCCCAGGACGAGCUGGACAAUGACCUUCUCCUGGCUGCCUGCAGGGAGCUGGAGGGUCCCGAGGUGCCCCCCGAGAGGCCGCCCUGGAAGUGCCCGGGGAAGGAGAACGCUCCGGAGUGCGGGGUCCCCAAAAAGCUCAGGCUGGGAGAGGAGCCGGUGCCCGGCUCCGGGGGGCUGCAGGACAGGCAGGGCCCCCUCCCCAGUCCCAGGCUGGUGCUGCGGCCCAGCGCGGCGGGCGCCGGCGCCCCCAGAGCCCCCCGUUCCCUGGGACCCUCCGCAGGGUCCGGCCCUGCCCCGGGGGCUGCCCCGUGCCUGAGGCCGGUCCGAGCAUCCCCGGGAGGGAGCAGCUCCUCCGUGCCCUGGAACCCCCCAGCACAGAGCUGCCCCCAGCCCCGGCCGCCCCCCAGGCCCCCCUCGGGCCCCCCCGGCCCCCCAAACCCCCCCAUGGCUCCCAACGCCCCCGGCCCCCCGAAGCCCCCCGUGGUCACCAACCACCUGGUGCAGCUGGUGACAGCGGCCAGCAAAGCCCCCCGGGGGACCCCCCGAGCGCCCCCGCGCAGGGAGAGCCGGCGCUUCCCAGGGCCUGCCGGGAUCCUGCCCCAGCAGCACUCUGGGAAGCUGCUGGAGGAGAUCCUGGUGUCUGCUCCCCAGACUCCGGCUCACGGGGCUGUGGCGAAGCCGCGGGCUCAGGCACUGCCCAGCUCCCCGCUGCCCACGGAGGAGGAUUUCGGGAAGGGGCCCUGGCUGGCCAUGAAGACGGAGCUGGGGCUGGAUGAGAGGGACCCCAGCUGCUUCCUGCACACCUACAGCGUGGUCAUGGUGCUCCGCAAGGCAGCCCUGAAGCAGCUCCCGAAGAACAAGGUGCCCAGCAUGGCCGUGAUGAUCAAGACCCUGACCAGGAGCAGCGCCGGGGCCGGCGCCGUGUUCCGGGACCCCACAGGGGAGAUGCAGGGCACGGUGCACCGGCUGCUGCUGGAGCAGAGGCAGAGCGAGCUCCGGGCUGGCUCCGUGCUGCUCCUGAGGCAGGUCGGGGUCUUCUCCCCCUCCCACCGCAACCACUACCUCAACGUGACCCCCAACAACCUCCUCCGCAUCUUCCCGCCCGAGCCCGAGGGCUGCUCCCCCCGGCAGGUCCCUGCCCAGGCUGAGCUGGUCCCGGAUCUCCCCGUGCAGCCCCACCAGGGUGUCCCUGUUCCUGAGGACUGGGGACAGCCGAGGACAAGCGGGCACAGCACAGGGCAGCACCCUGGGGGCUCCUCCCUGUGCCCUCCGAGCUCUGAUCCCAGCGGGGAAGAGGCGGUGGGAGCUGAUGGAUGUGACAUGGAUGACCUGGACGGGCUCCUGGGAGAGCUGCCCGAGGAUUUCUUCUCAGCCCCGGCGCAGGCUGACUGCGGCUGAGCCCGGGGCUGCUGCUGAGGGUGACGGUGUGAGGGUGACACGCCUGCCACCCACCUGCCACCCACCUGCCACCCACCUGCCUCUCUCUGCAUGUCCGUGGUGUUUGUUGUGGAGCUGAGAGCUGGGCAGACCCGGGGAGGACACGGCCUCAGCCCUGUCCCCACUGCUGCGGGCACACCGGCCCCUCUCGCUCCCAAACCUGCAUUAAAGGGCUCUUUUGUUUCUGCA